AUGCCUGAACAAGCUCCCACUCAGCCAGACGGUUUACUCUGCAACACAACGCAAUACACAGCUGAGUCCACGGUGUUCUUUCUCCAGGCCAGCUUUGCUGUGGAAGAAGAUAUUGGAGAACUCCUGAUCCCGGUGCGCAGGAGAGGAGACGUCAGUGAGGAGCUGAUGGUGGUCUGCCACACUCAGCAAGGCUCCGCCACAGGAACCGUCCCCACUUCUGUUCUGUCCUACUCUGACUACAUCUCCCGUCCAGAGGAGCAGGCCAGCAUUCUGCGCUUUGAUAAGGACGAGACGGAGAAGCACUGUCGUGUGGUGAUCAUUGAUGACUCACUGUAUGAGGGAGAGGAGAGCUUCAACGUGACCCUCAGUAUGCCUGUGGGAGGCCGUCUGGGGCCAGAAUACCCCACUGCUCUUAUCCGCAUACUGCCAGACCAGGACGACG